GAUUGACGCGGAUGGACCUGGUGGUCUGUUUAGACUUCGGGUGCGCGUGAAAUAACGGCACGGAUGUGGAAAUCGUUAGUCGCAUCGCGCUGAUAUCGAGCUCAAGCCAGUGGCGCUUGAUUUUGAGUCUCUCGCGUCCUCACUGUCCGAUAACACCAAGAAUAUUAUAAAAGCCCCCAGAACACCCGCAUUAAAGUAAUCCCUGGCGCCAAGAGCAUUUUUCUUGUGACUUUCACGCAGGAUUCCCAUACCUACACACCAUGGCUCUCGGCUCUGACGAAAAGCACGUUUACGUUAGCUCUAAUGCUGCCGACAGCAGCGAGGAGGCCCGGACUACCGGCAUCGAGACCGCUCACCCCUCCUCACAUGGCGUCUUCAAGCGCUUCUUGAAGAAGAUGGAACUGAAGUCUAGCGACAGUGAGAGACUCAGUAACGAAGAUAUGGAUCCCGUGCCUUGGGAGCGACGUACUUGGCGUUGGUAUAAUCUCGCUAUUUACUGGAUCUCGGAUGCAUUCGCGCCUGGUGGUUGGAGAGGAGCUUCGUCACUGAUGGAAAUCGGUCUUUCAUGGCGUUUGUCCCUCCUCAAUAUAGCAAUCGCAAACAUUAUCAUGGCUGUCGUCAUCACUUUGAACUCACACCCUGGCGCCCAUUACCACGUCUGCUUCCCUGUCUUCUCUCGAGUUCCCUUCGGUUUUUGGUUUUCAUAUGUCAUGGUUUUCAUGCGCAUGAUCACUGGUAUUUUCUGGUAUGGAAUCAACACAUACACAGGCGCUGAGUGUGUCCGUACCGUACUUUUUGCUAUUUGGCCCUCGUUCCGCACUCUCAAGAACACGCUUCCUGAAUCAGCUAAUAUCACUACCAACUUUAUGAUCAGCUGGUUCAUCUACUUCCUGCUGUGUAUCCCUGUCCAUCUUAUCAAGAUCGAGAACACUCGAUGGUACUUCCUGUUCAAGACUUGCCUUACCCCAAUCUGCGGUUUUGCAAUUGUUGGAUGGAUUGCACACAAGAUGCACGGGAUGCCUGGAGAGAAUAUUUUCAGUGAGGGUAGCACAGUUUCCGGCUCAAAACUGACUUGGGCAUUCAUGUCAGCUCUCUACUCCAACAUGGGUGGAAGCUCGACUUAUGCUACCAAUGCUUCUGACUAUUCCAGAUACACUCGGAAGGAAUACUCUAUUCUCUUCCAGUUGGUUGCUCUACCUUUCUCAAACAUCCUCAUGGCUGUCUUGGGUGUCGUCGGCGCUGCUGGAUCUAAGAAGAUCUACGGUGAGAUUCUUUGGGAUCCCCUUCUCCUGAUUGACAACUGGACUUCUAGAGGAGGUCGUGCCGCUGCUGCCUUCUGUGGCAUCGCUUUCCUUGUUGCGCAGAUUGGACAAAACAUCUCUGCGAACUCCGUCGCUGCUGCCAACGAUCUGAACUGUAUUUUUCCCAAGUACAUCAACAUUAGAAGAGGACAGAUCAUUGUGGCUUUCCUGGGUGCCUGGGCGCUGACUCCCUGGAAUAUUUUGACUUCUGCGACUGCGUUUUUGUCGUUCAUGUCGGGAUACUCUAUCUGGCUUUCAUCAAUCGCCGGAAUCCUCUUCUCAGACUAUUGGCUUGUCCACAAGCGGAAAUAUGAUGUUUAUGAGCUCUACAACCCCAAGGGAAUAUAUCUCUACAAUAAGUGGGGUUUCAACUGGCGCGCUUUGGUUGCUUUCACCGUUGGAUGGGUUCCUCUUCUUCCGGGGUUCAUUAACGCCAUCAAUUCCAAUAUUUAUGUCGUUGAGGGGAUGAUCAGACUAUACUAUCUGGGUUUCUUCUAUGGAUUUGGAGCAUCAUCAUUGGUGUACUAUGGCUUGUGCUACUUCUUCCCUCAGCCUGAGACUUAUAUCGAGCAUGAAGUGCUGCCUCCUGGAAAGCCGAUUGCCUCAGAUGGCAUUGAGGCUGAGGAGUAUAUUGUGGGCCUUGAGGGAGGUGAAUAUGGCGUGGAUGAAAAGAAGAUGAAUUAGCUAGAGUUGAGGUGGUAGUUAUUUUGGUCUUGGUUUAUUGUUUUUAAUGAUAUUCAUUGAGCAUAAUACAUAGUAAAAUCUGUUGGUGGUUCUAAUAACACAGGC